ACGGCUGUAGUGCAUAUUAUACGUGUCUGCCUGCCCGGCGGUCAGUCGGUGGCGCGCAAUGGUGCCGGUGGGCGACAAGAGCAGCACCGGGUCGUCGUCGGCCCCGUACGCCGGCGGCGUCGACCACAACCCCAAGGAACGGCUGAAGGAGUGCUGCCGCAAGCUGGUAGCGUUCAUGUGCACGCAGGUCGGCGUCGGCGGCCUGGUGGUCGGCUACGCGGUUGUGGGCGCGUUCUGUUUCAUACAGAUCGAGGGCCAGGCCAACGACACGCAACAGAACGCGGUCAUCGCGCUCCGGCAAAACUGCUCGGUGGGCGUCUGGAACGCGACCAGCAAGUACAACGUGUUCCACCGGAACAACUGGACGGUGCAGGUUGGCGACGCGCUGUUGCACUUCGAGAAGAAACUGGCGCUGAUCGUCAAGAAGGGCUACGACGGCAAAACGACGCAGGAGACGUGGUCGUUCUCUGCCGCUCUCAUGUUCUCCCUGUCUAUAUUCACCAUGAACGGUUACGGCAACGUGGUGCCCAAGACCCCGCUGGGCAAGGCCGCCACAGUCGUGUACGCCGUGUUCGGCAUACCGCUCUACGUGCUCUACUUCCGCAACAUGGGAAAGGUGCGUAUAUAUAUAUAUUAUUAUAUUUUAUUAAAUAAUAUUAUAACACAACGUAGUUUAAAAACAUAUCGACCUAUGGCCAUUUAGGACGGUUCUAGAGAAAUCGUAUGUACCCAAUCACUUUUCGUAUAAUACAAAUAUAGGUUUAUAUUAUACACCCGGAGUGCACGCAGAGGACCACGCAUUAACCAAGCCGUUCCUACUGAUUGAACUACAAAACGCUAUCAACUCCAAAAGAUCACCUGCUUCCGGGCCGGAAUCGAUAUCACUCAUUCUCCUAAAAACCUGCCGGGGAGAGCUCUCAGCGAUUUACUAGACAUACUCAACAACGUAUUUGUUAACCUUUCUGUCCCGGAUUCUUGGCGACAGUUUAAGGUUGAGCCCAAUUUCAACUCGGCAGCGUACAGACCAAUAGUCCUUUCUUCGGCUCUUUGAAAAAUAACGGAACAUAUCUUCAAAUUUAGAUUGGAUUUGGUGGAUUGAGCACCUGUCCAUUAUACCCGAGAAAUCAUUUGGUUUUCGCAAGGGUCGCGGUGCUCUAGAGCGUCUAUCCUGUUUGGUUGGUCCUAUUUAUAAUGCUUUCAACAGCCGAGGUUUUUCGACCGCUGCUUUUAUUGAUAUCCGAGGUGCAUACGACUCCGUACACAUUCCCACAUUACUCGCCAUGUUACACUCAUAUAACAUACUUAGUGAAUUUCAUAGGUCUGCUGCUUUCCAAACGAGAGUUGAUUUUUAUCUCCCCUUCCGGUCCCAGAGUCAUCAGACUCGCACAGGUUUACCGCAAGGUAGAUGUCUCAGCCCUUUUCUUUUCAAUGUAUACAUGUCUGUGGUCGUGCUUGCCCCGUAAGAAGCUAACAUUCCGUACCUCAUAUACGCUGACGACUUAGUCAUUUUUCACUACCGUAAAGAUAUAAAUCACACAUCAGUUCUUCUCAACCACGCUUUAUCUAUUCUGCAGGUCAGUGAUUUGAACAAGCUCAUUUCUCCGUAGCAACUCACAAAUGUAGGGUUGACAUUUUCACAAGGAAACGUCGGUUUAUUCCAUCUAAAUUUUUUUUGGAUGGUGUCUUACUACCUGCGGUUUCUGAAGUGAAAUAUUUGUGCUUUAUUCUGGAUAGUAAUCUCAGAUGGUAGGCUCAUUUAUUUCAUUUAACAUCGUUUGCCUCCAAAUGGGCAAAUUUGUUAAGGUCUUUAGCUGGUAGCUGGUGGGGUUCUUAUCCUUUUUCCCUGCUUCAAGUCUAAAAGUCAGUCAUUAGAGCGAACAUUGGAUAUGGAUGCUGUUUGUUUGGCUUCGCCGCUUUGUCCCACCACAAGAGAUUAAAAUCUUUACAGACCAGUUGUCUACGCACUGCGCUCGGGGCACUAAAGUUUACUCCUAAUUCCGUACUGAAUGUUGAGUCCUCCUAUUCACCGCUUCCAAUAAUAUACCGUUGGUUUUCUAAUAAAUUUAUCCUGAAAUGUUCAUAUCUAUCAGCAUUCUAGCUAUCGCCAACAAUCCGAUCCUUUACAAAUGCUCCCCCAUUGUUUUAAAUAUUCGUGCAUUACUACUAUCCCUCAAAACCAGGUCUUUCAAUAUUUCCUCCUUAUGAGUCCCAGGGUAUUUAGGCAUAUAUGGCAACGAGCACGAUGACUUAUUAGCCGGCGCCACUGCCAACCAGUUCCACUCGGGUCCUUACUGGUGCCUCUAUACCGAUUUAGUCUCUUUGCAUCACACAUUUAUACAAGAGCAAUGGAUAAUGGAAUGGGAUAACCUUCCAGAGCUUCAUGCUUUUGGCUAUAGGUCACUAUUUAAAAGUAUUCUUACUCAACUAUGAUUUUAAUACCUCAAGAUCAGUCGUGCUGUCAUAGUCAAAUAAACCAGAUUAUACACAGGCCAUAACCUACUACCACACUAUUCGUUUACAAUGGGACUUAACAAUAGCUCGUAUUGCCCCCUACCCAACUGUGGUGAGGAUUUCUGUGACUUUCAACAUCUGCUCCUAAAUUGUACAUCUCUCUAUAUCUCGCCAAAGAAUUCAGCUAAAGUCUUUUUAAAAUUUUUCUAUUUUUGUUCCAACUUCUCUUUCAUUAACGCCCUUUCAGGUAAUAACGUAAAUAAAAUCAUACAUACGCUUAAUUUUAUUCUCUAUUUGGACCUCCGAAUUUAGUAGUGUGCGUUUUACACUAAUGUUUAUGUUUAUGUUUAUGUUUCUCAAUGAUAUGUGAUAAAAAUCAUACUCUUCUCGCGGUAUCACUCGAAAUUAUAUUUUAAACGACUUUUAAAAAUCUGAAAUUAUUAUUAUUAGUUUAGAGAUUAAUCGGCGUGUGUAUAUCAUAGGUGUACUUACUGUAGCUUGUAUACGUACAUUGUAAUACGCCAAGUUAGAGGUUGGAUUAAAUCAUCAUUAUGGUUAGUGUAUACAAGUUGAUCAACAUAACGUAUAAGACGGUUAUUAUUAUUGCUUCGGAAACGAUUGUCUUUUAAAUCAUUUAAGAAACAAGCAGCUUUAAAAUGCAAAGUUUCGCCAUUAUUUUAGGCAGUGAAACCUCUGCCCGAUUUCCAUUUUCAAAUUGUAACUUUUAUAAACCCGUAAAUAGAUUCCGUUUUUGUUUUUUGAAUUUCCGUUAAUCCGUUGACGAGAUGUACUAUUUUUUUAAGUUUGGGUUGUUGGAGAGUAGUGGAGCGUCAUUUGUGCGGUGGCUUGGCGCCCCACUGCUCUUCCCCUACCCACAAAACCAACUUAAAAGUGGAAUUAAAAACAAUUUCAACACCAGAAUGUAUUUAAAUUUUAUAAAAUAAAUAAAUAAUGUAUUUAAACUUAAAUUUUACCUAUUUAUGGAACUUUUAAUACAGAUUGAUAUUUGAAAAUCAAUAGGUGGAUUUCACUAGGCACCAAAAAAAAAAAAUUGUGACAAAAAAAUAAUGGCAAUUUAAAAUAUUAUAGUUGCUCGUUCCUUAAAUGUUCUAAAAAACAAAUUCCGAAAAGCGUAAACACUUAACGAGAUAAUGAGCGUCUGACGUUGGCAUGUUGAUCAUCUUGUAUAUUGGUCCCGUAUAUAACCCGUUUUAAUAUUAUAAACGUGAAAGUCUGUGUGGACGAAUGGUGGUUUGUUACCUCUCACGUCAAAACCGUCGAACGGAUUGAGUUGAAAAUUCGCAAAAUAAAAAAUGUAAAACAAACAAAUAAAUAAUAUAUGCUGGUUGUCCGUAAUAGCAUAACGAUAAUUUGUCUUUAUUAUUAUUUUUGGCAUGGGCUACGCACUGCGGGACAGCUGGUAAUAAUAAUGAUGAUAAUAUUACAAAAUUCACUUUUCACACUAUAAGACCACAUUCGAACGGAUAUUUGUAUUGUCGCGUCGUACGUAUUUCAGUGGCGGCGCCCGACUACCGUUGAAAUGUGCAUAUAUCAAUUUUUACCGAACGAGACGUGCGCCAAGGGUUGUGUUGUAAAGAUUGAGUCGUGCGCCGUAAAAAAUCGAUGCUAUAAUACGCCUGAAUCGAUCUGUCUGAGAGAGAAUUUCGUAUACCGUAAUAACAGUGUACACCUGGGUACUGUGUAAACCUAAGUGCGGUACAUGAAUUACAGAAUAAGAGGCGGAUGAGUGGUUAGGGGGUUUGUGAAACCAGUGUUUACUACACUAGACACAUAUGGGCGCCACCGAUACUAAUACAUGCCAUGUACGCGAUACACACGCGUCAUCCGGUAGCUUUGCGCUUCCGUUUUCUUGUUUUUACCGUGCAAAUAAAAAUCCGUCCAUCGCCCGGAUAAAUAUUAAGUACCUAACUACGCAGUUUUGAUGUGCCAUAUUUUCAAAAACCGAUUUACGCGUCAAUAUUGUGCGACGGCGACGUGGCGUUUUCGAAACGAUUAACCGCCGAGAAAAUAAUAAUGUACCGCAUCCGGAAGGUUAGCCGAGUUUUACAAGAAAAAAAAAAAUAAUAAAAAAGAAAUACUGUUAUAAUAUGGAAAAUAUUAUUAUAAUGGUGGCCGUCGGAACUUUGGCUAACGUCACGUUUUCUCUACUUUCGAUUUCAGCGCGUACAUUCGCAAAGUAAUUUGUUUUUCGUUCCAACGUGUAAAACUAGUUUUCUUUUUGUUGUUGACGGUUAACAUAACUAUGUAAAAUUACCCCAAAACAAACACAAAUCGAAUAUUAUUUAAUUUGUGUACAAGAUGCAUAUUAUUAUAUUUAUCGCCAGUUUUUAUUUUUCUAACGCGUAUUUAUUUUGUCGCCUUUAUUUUUUUCGUAAAUGUAAUUUGUUUUUUUUAUUUUUCCCGUUAAAACAGCCCAAAUCCGAACGAGAUAACUAGCUGUCGCGAAUAAUAGACCGAGUUGUAUAGAGUCAUUCACCAGAAUUAUUAUUACUGCAAUCCCCAAAAUGGAAAUCGUUGCCAACACGGCUAAUUAUUAUUAUAAUUUUUUUUUUUUCUUUAUACGUAUAAAUAACGCGCAUAUUAUUUGUGUAGCGCGGAAGGUUUUGAAGCCUCAUAAAUUAUUGUGGUUGGCACUUUUAUCGUUGUAUAUCCGACGAAAGUCCUUUGAACGUAAAUAUAAUAAUAAUAAAUAUUAUACGUUUUCAAAACUAUUGGCAAUUUUUUUUUUUUUUUUUUGAUAUGCGCGCUUAUAAUCGUCGAAAAUAACGAAUUGUAAUUAUUUUACCAAAAACCCCCAUUACCGAACGGCUGUAAAUUGAUUGUAUAGUUGCAUAAUAUUGUAUAAUUUAUAACACGAUAACGAGAAUUUAUGCUUAUUCGAUCAACGCCCAGCCGAAACUAACUGACCUAUUUCGAUGCAAUUUCGAAAGUGCAGAUUUCUGUCACAGCGUGUUGGCGCAGCGUACUUAGAUUACUUUUUUGCAAAUCCGACAUCUUUAAGGCGGCUCACACGUACCCUUGUUUUUUUUCCGCGUUACCUUGGUGGCGCGUAGAAAAGAAAACUGUUAUUAUUAGGCGUUUAAUUUUGUCACGGGAAAGAAAGUAAACGUACAAAUAUGCGGGGAUAUCGAUUCGGCUGUAAUGAUUUCGGUGAUUUAUCGGUCAGUAGUACGCAGUUAUUGUGAUGGAAUAUAAUGCAAUAGUAUAUGCGUAAAAAAAUGUUAACACCGUCAGUACUUGAAUUUCGUGAAAUUAAUAUACAUUUCACAAUGCAGAUUCGCAAUGUAAAAUAAGCAACAAAUUAAGUCGAGAUAUUUUCAAUUCAUCUAUUUUGACAAAUUUUACAAAUUGACAGUUUAGCAUACUACCCGUGUUAUCCAUUUUGCCAGUAAUUUAAUACUUUAUACACCCAUACGUCAUAUUAUAUAAUAUUAUAAUUAAUAUGUCGGCUUUUAUUUGAUAUACCGACAGUCGAAUUUAAUUUUUAACAUUAUUAUGUGUAGGUGUUGGCCCAGACUUUCCGGUGGCUCUACACCUGGGUGUACCAGUGCAGUAUGGAAGACAAAGUCGGCGGUGGGGACUUAUACAACCAGCAGCUGCCCCAAAAGUCUCGGGUGAUCGUACCGUCCACGGCCUGUUUGUGGGUGCUGGUGGCGUACGUGGCCACCGGCACUGUGACGUUCGCGACCUUGGAAGACUGGUCGUACAUGGAUAGCACGUUCUUUUGCGUGACCAGCUUGUGUAAGAUCGGCAUCGAGAACUUCGUGCCGGUGGGCAGCGUCAAAGACACCGCCGGCGUGGAUCACUCGAUGAAGUUGAUCAUCAAGUUCGUUUACCUGUUGUUGGGAAUGGGCAUUAUAGCCAUGUGCUUCGACCUGAUGCGCGAGGACGUUCAGGUCCGGGUGAGGAAUUUGAAAAUGGACAUCGGCCUGUGUUUCGAGGAUAUACGGCUUAGGGCUGUGGCUGUUUACAGACGUCGAAAUUCGUUCGACUGACGUUUGGAGAAAAAAAACACGUCAUAUAUUAUUAUUAUGUUCUGAUUAUAUAAUGAGGGUUAUCAAACAAAUUGAAGAUUAAAUACACGAAUUUAAUUGUAACGAAUAAGUCCAGAAAUUACAUUUUUUUUUUUACUCGGACUUUUUAAUCCGUUACAAAUUAAAUUAAAAAGUCAAUUAACUGGAAAGCGUUCAAAACGAUCGGUUUUGGCGGGAAUUAAAUGUUUUACCGCGUAUCUGAUUUUGUGGAUAGAGCUAUACCACUAUAAAAAAUGGCCUUACUUAUUAUAAGUUCGGGACUACGAAAUUAUAGAAGACUCAGUUUGUUAUGUCCCAUCAUUCAUGUGUUGUUAUUAUCUUCGCUUAUCACAUGUGUAUUCGUAUAAAUGUACUGUUUUAAGACGAAGCGGGGUAAUAUUAUGACGCCGUGGUAUACUUAUCACUCAGAAUUGUAUAAAGGCCUCAUUGUAUAAUUUGACAGUGUUUUUAGCAUGACGCCAAACUGUCGGUCAUUAAACUGAAUAAAGAGGCAGUUUACGAUAAGUUAUCCGCUAGAUCGCAGUGUACACCAAUAACAUUGUAUACCUUGUUAAUAAUAUUAAUUUUCUGUACCUAAUGAUGGAAAUUAUUCACAUAAUUACGAAUUUGUAUUAAGUCAUAGUCAGCAUUUAAUUUAUUGAGUACUGAAUUUGUGUAUUAAGACGUAUUAAGUAUAUUUUGAAAAUUUUAUUAAGUAGUGGAAGUAUUAAAAUCUGUGUUAUGAUUUUUAUUUAAUUUUAAUAGUAUAGCUAUAUUUUAAGAAACUGCUAGUUAAUUAGUUUUAAAACUUUAAAAAUACAAGAAACCCUACCUAGUUAGGUGUAUUACAUGGUAGAAAAAUGUAUUUUUAUAGACUUUGUUGUUACUAUGCAAAGUAUCUUAAAUUUAGCAUACAAUUAAUUUAUAAAUCUUAAAGCUCAUUUGUUAUUAUUAUUUAGCUCAGCUUAUUUAAAAAACUAAAAGUUUAACUUAAAGCAGUAUAUCAUUUUACCUACAGAAAAUGGCAACACUGUUAAAAAAGAGGCAUUCGUCGCCUCAAUAUUCUACUCUAUACUGUACUCUGUUAUUUACUUAUAAGGACGGUAUAACCUCUUGAAAUAUCUGAUUGUUGUUAAUAAGACGAAUUUGAUUUUCGCGCCAGAACCGAAAACGUUUUGAAUUAAUUACAUUUUAAAAACAUAUCACAAGUCCUAAAAAUUUACGAACUAAAAUAAAUGAUUUUGAAAAGAAAUUGUUGAUAACCUCCAUUGUACCGAACGCAUUGUAUUAUAAUUAUUCAUAUUAUUAUUAUUAUUUGUCAAGUUUUUUUUCUAUCUAACGUAUUAUAUAUUGUUAUUAUCUAUUUAUUAUAUUAUAUUUUUAAUAAAUAUAGAUAUUUAUUUCCCAC